UUUUCGAAUCUCUUAAUUUUCUGCAAUUUUCUGCAGAUCGAUGAUAUGGACAAUCGUGGAUGCACAAGUCAGGUUGAUCUUCGCCGAAGCAUUUAUAAUCCAGAAGUAAAACAGUCACCUAGUUCGAGAUCUCUUGCCGAGGUUUUUAAUUAUCAUACCAAGUCUGAUUUCUCUCCUGAAAGAAUAUUUAAAGUUGUAUUUAUUGGAGAUUCAGCUGUGGGGAAGACUUGUUUUCUUCAUCGAUUCUGUCAUAAUCGAUUCAAACCGCUAUUCAACGCUACUAUCGGUGUUGAUUUCACUGUAAAAAAUAUUCGCUUAGGAAAUCGAACCGUGGCUGUGCAAUUAUGGGAUACUGCUGGACAAGAAAGAUUUCGUAGCAUUACUAAGCAAUAUUUCCGUAAAGCCGAUGGUGUCAUUCUUAUGUACGACGUGACUUCGGAGCAAUCUUUUUUGAAUGUUCGCAGCUGGAUCGAUUCUGUUAGAGUCGGUGUCGAUGAAAAAUGCGUUAUUUGUUUAGUAGGGAACAAGGUUGAUUUGUUCGCGAACGAUCGCUCACGCGUUUUAACAUACAAACAGGGUCAAAACAUGGCUGAGGAAUUUAAUAUGCUAUUUUUUGAAACAAGUGCUUAUACAGGAUAUGGAGUCAAUGAAUGUAUGAAGGCUGUUGCUAUGAAAUUGCAAGAGCGUGAAGAUGAGAAUAUUGAAGAAGCUUUAAAAUUGGAUAUGAAUAUACAAAAAGCAAAGAAGUGUUGCUCAUGA